ACGCAUCAUCAGUCCCAGUGAAGAUGGCGUGUUGUGGAGGCUGUGUUUGUUGCCAGAGCUGCUGCAGAGGAGACACCCGGACACCAGAGGAGCUGACCAUCCUGGGAGAAUUCAGAGAUGAAGAAGAUGAAAUCCUACCGAGGAAAGACUAUGAGAGCCUGGACUACGACCGCUGCAUCAAUGAGCCCUACGUGGAGGUUCUGGAGGCCAUGGACAACAAGAGAGCCAGAAAGUAUGAAGCGAUUCGAUGGCUGAUGGUGUUCGCUAUCGGAGUCACCGUGGGUUUGGUCGGACUGUUUGUGGAUUUCUUCGUUCGCCUUUUCUCUACACUGAAACAGACUGUGGUCGGAAACUCUGUGGACCAGUGCAGUGUCAAAGGCUGCCUCCCUCUGUCUCUGCUGGAACUGCUGGCCUUCAACAUGACCUUCACUUUCAUAGCCAGUGUUCUGGUCCUGAUAGAGCCAGUCGCUGCAGGUUCUGGUAUUCCUGAAAUCAAAAGUUACUUAAAUGGAGUGAAAAUGCCUGGAAUCGUCCGUCUCAGAACUUUCCUCUGUAAAGCCACUGGAGUUCUGUUCGCUGUGGCCGGAGGUCUGUUUGUGGGUAAAGAGGGUCCUAUGAUCCACAGUGGGGCCAUAGUGGGAGCUGGCCUUCCUCAGUUUCAGAGCAUCACUUUUAAGAGGAUCAAAUUUGACUUCCCCUACUUCCGCAGUGACAGAGAUAAGCGGGACUUUGUGUCUGCGGGCGCCGCUGCAGGAGUGGCUGCAGCCUUCGGCGCUCCUAUAGGGGGCACUCUGUUCAGUCUGGAGGAGGGCUCAUCCUUCUGGAACCAGGCUCUGACCUGGAAAGUGCUCUUCUGUUCCAUGUCGGCCACUUUCACAUUGAACUUCUUUCGUUCUGGGAUCAACUUCAACAAAUGGGGUUCAUUCCAGCUGCCUGGUCUGCUCAACUUUGGAGAAUUCAAGUGUCCAGAGGGGGAUAAGCAGUGCCACCUGUGGACGGUGGUGGACCUGGCCUUCUUCGUCCUCAUGGGGGUGGUGGGGGGUCUGCUGGGGGCGCUCUUCAACUGCAUCAACAAGUGCCUGGCCAAGUACCGCAUCAAGCACAUCCACCCCAAGGCCAAGUUCAUCAGGGUUCUGGAGAGUCUGCUUAUCGCCAUGGUGACAACAGUUGUGAUCUUUGUGUCUUCUAUGUUGUUGGGCGAAUGUUUGGAUCAGUACGCUCCCACCACCCACAACAGCACAAGCGGUGCUGAAGACACCAACUCCACCCUCCGACACUACUUCUGUACCAACAACACCUACAAUGACAUGGCCACGCUGCUGUUCAACCCACAGGAAACUGCCAUCUACCAGCUGUUCCACCAGCACGGGACCUUCAGUCCUGUCACCCUGUCGGUCUUCGUCCUGCUCUACUUCCUGUUGGCCUGUUGGACCUACGGCAUGUCCGUCCCCAGUGGACUCUUCGUCCCCUGUCUGCUCUGUGGUGCAGCCUUUGGACGUCUGGUUGCCAACAUCCUCAAAGUGAAAGCGGGCAUGGACAUCUAUUCGGGUACCUUCGCUCUCAUUGGAGCUGCAGCCUUUCUUGGGGGCGUGGUCAGGAUGACCAUCAGUCUGACGGUCAUCCUCAUUGAAUCCACCAAUGAAAUCAGUUAUGGACUUCCCAUCAUGAUCACUUUAAUGGUCGCCAAGUGGACCGGAGAUUUCUUCAACAAGGGCAUCUACGACAUCCACAUCGAACUGAGAGGAGUUCCACUGCUGGAGUGGGAGGUGGAGGCCGAGAUGGACAAGCUGACAGCCAGUGACAUCAUGGAACCCAACCUGACCUACGUGUACCCCCAUACCCGGGUCCAGUCCCUGGUCAGUAUCCUGCGGACCACCGUCUACCACGCCUUCCCCGUGGUCACCGAGAACCGGCACAACGAGCAGGACUUCAUGAAAGGAAACAUCCUGGUCAGCAACAACAUCCGCUUCAAGAACUCCAGUGUGGUGUCCCGUGCGGGGGAGCAGCGGCGCCGCUGUCAGUCCAUGAAGUCCUACCCGUCCAGCGAACUGAGGAACGUCUGUGAUGAGCAGGCGGCGGCGGCGGCGGCAGAACCGGCGGAGGAGGGACAGGACCUGCUGCAGCAGAUGUUGGACAGGAGACAUGCUCCGUACCCUAACCUGUACCCGGACCAGUCCCCCAGUGAAGACUGGACCAUGGAGGAGCGCUUCAGACCACUCACCUUCCAUGGAGUCAUCCUGCGCUCACAGCUGGUCAGCCUGCUGAUCAGAGGAGUGUGUUACACCGAGAACCAGACGAGUGCCACUCAGCCCAGACUGUCCUACACAGAGAUGACAGAAGAUUACCCACGUUUCCCUGACAUCCAUGACGUGGACCUUGCCCUGUUGAACCCCCGCAUGAUAGUGGUAUGACCCACA